UUCACAUUCAAAAUUUGAGUAUUGGAAAAUUCAUAUCGACCAUGUUUAUUCCUGUGCACUUAUUGAUUAUUUACUUUAACUGUGUUUAUUCAUUUAUUCAAUUUGUUGAGUAUAUAAAUACUAAUCCCGACCUCCUCGUGGAAACUUCAAAUGGAGUGUUGCAAGGAAAAACAAAUUACCUUCGGGAUAAUCGAAAAUAUUACUCAUAUGAAGGCAUUCCUUUCGCGAAACCCCCUUUGAAUGAACUGAGAUUUCGGGCACCAAAGCCAUUCGGUAAAUGGACUGGCGUCUUAGACGCUUCAAUGGAGGCCUCGCAUUGCAUCGAACUGAGAUUUAGGAACGAAACUUCAACAACCGGUUCUGAGGAUUGUUUAUAUUUAAAUGUUUUUACGCCGGAAAACCCUCGAAAGAUCCGCAACUAUCUCCCCGUCAUGGUUUGGAUACAUGGUGGUGCUUUUAUAGAAGGAAACUCAGAGAAACGGCGAUUCGGACCUGAAAGACUACUAAACCAAGAUGUCGUCAUUGUGACAUGCAACUACCGCAUUGGAAUAUUCGGUUUUCUUAGCACAAACACAUUGGACACACCAGGCAACUAUGGCUUAAAAGAUCAAAACAUGGUAUUGAAAUGGGUCAGUAAAAACAUUAGACGAUUUGGUGGUAAUCCGAACAACGUCACUCUGUUUGGACAAAGUGCAGGUGGUGCAUCAGUGAUGUAUCACGUCCAAUCUCCACUGAGUAGAGGAUUAUUUCAUAGAGCAAUCGCCGAAAGUGGUAGCUCAUUGUGUACAUUCGCUUUACAAAUUGAUCCAUUGGAUAAGGUUUAUCAAAUGGCCGAGGCACUACAAAUAAACAGCAAGAAUCCCAAAGAAAUUGUUGAGCAAAUGAGGAAAAUGGAUGUGGAAAAAUUACAGAACGCACAAGAAAUGACUACCUUAAUUAAUUUUCUGCCGUUUAGAAAAUAUGGCAUUCCAUUUAGUCCUACCAUCGAGCCUCGACAUAAAAGAGCAUUUCUUACAGAUUUCAGCUACGAAAUGCUUAACAGUGGAAAUUUUAGCAGGGUACCUGUUAUAAUUGGCUUGAAUUCUCAAGAAGGUUAUGCUUUUAAAUAUUUUCUUAAUUUGCUAAAGCCAAUUUUAAAUCUUCUCUAUGAUUCAUCUCCUGGUCUCUUAGCUAUGCCAAAUUUAAAAACAAAAUCUUUUUUUGAGAAUCGCAUCUUUGGAUUAUCAGUACUAACAAGAUAUUUUACUGGCAAUACAAUGACUACUGGCACAUUCCAGGAACUCUCUGAUUUUUUUAGUGAUGAUGUGUUCUAUAGACCAAUUAGAAAAACAGCUGAGUUGUUAUCGAAAUAUGUACCUUUGUAUUUCUAUAUAUUUACAUACGAAGGUGAAUAUGCAGCCAAUGGCAUAGAUGAUGCUGAGGAAAGGGAACCAGGAAACAAAGGGGUCUCUCAUUCUGAAGAACUGUGGUAUUUGUGGAACAGAACAGAUGUACCAUUGAGGGGACAUGAUUUAUUAGUAUCCAAUAGAAUGGUGAAAAUGUGGUCCAAUUUUGCAAAAUAUGGAAAUCCUACUCCGAGGGCAGAUCCACUCUUGCAAAAUAUAAUAUGGCCUACGGUUUCAAAAAUUGUAUUUUUAAAAGUGGAUAAAGAAUUGACCAUAGAGGAUAAAUAUAGAGAUGAAUAUGUUACUUUUUGGGAAGAAAUGUUUAGAAAAUUUGGUCGAAGACCAUAUAUGACUUUUUAGAAAUUAGUUUUUAAUAUAAUAAAUUAUUUAUUUUUUCUGCAA